AUGUCUUCACAGCCCUUGCGCAUCGGCUUUGUGCCGGAGCACUUCUCCACGCCGCUGCACUUUGCGCAGAAGCACUAUGGCCUCAACGCGCAGCUGAUCCCGUUCCCCUCCGGAACAGGGCACAUGGUCACGGCGAUACGCGCGGGCGAGAUCGACAUUGGCAUUGGCCUGACGGAAGGCUGGAUUGCCGGACUCGGGAAGCAAGGCGUGGAGGGGGACGGAGGCUAUCGGCUUGUGGGGACCUAUGUCAACACGCCUCUCUGCUGGGCCAUCUCUACCGGCAAGGAGCGGCCCGACAUCGCCUCCGUCCAGUCCCUCGCCGGGAAGAAGAUUGGUGUCUCGAGGAUCGGCUCGGGCAGCUAUGUCAUGGGCUAUGUGCUCGCCGACCAGCAGGGCUGGCUCGCGUCGUCGGGCGGCAAGGAGCCGUACGCGGACACGGUCAUCCUGCACAACUUUGAGAAGCUGCGCGCCGCUGUCAACGCGGGCGAGGCCGACUUUUUCAUGUGGGAGCACUUUACGUCCAAGAAAUUCUACGACGCGGGGGAGAUCAGGCGGGUCGGCGAGAUCUACACGCCGUGGAGCAGCUGGAAGAUUGUCGCCUCGACCAACCUCACGAGGGACGACGGCGGGCUGGACGCCCGGGUCCAGGCUCUGUUUGGGAAGCUGGACCAGGGCAUCAAGCACUUCAACGAGAACCCGGAGGAGUCGGUCCAGCACAUCUCGACAGAGUUGGGGUACACGGAGCCCGAUGCCAGGGAGUGGCUCAAGACGGUCGAGUUCCCCGUCCAGACGCAAGGCGUCAAGUCCGAGGUGGUGGACAAUUGUGUGUCGAUUCUGCGCAAGGCUGGCGUCCUGGAAGAGGGCAAGGGCAUGGAGCCCGAGAUGAUGAUGUACAGCUCACUGGUACGGUCUGAUGUCGAAGAACAUCCCCGCAAGCACGCGACACGCCUAGCUGCGUACCGACUGAGGAGCACGGGACGAGGCGACAUGGCAGAGGCCAGCAGACGAUUCUCCGACGAUGCAGCAGACCUGGCUGCAUCGAUUGGAUCUUCACUCCGAGCAAGUUCGCCCUCACCUGUGGCCAGAGGCUGGAGGGCGAGGCUCGGGCUGGGACACUACGCGAGGCGGACGCUAGGUAUCGCACUGCUGCUGGUCACCGUGUUCCUGUGGACGCUGUCCAACUUCCUCGCCAGUUUCAUCUUUUCCGACCAAACCUACGACAAGCCCUUCUUCCUCCUCUACGUGAACACCUCGGUGUUUGCGUUUGCACUGGUGCCACGAUUCACGAGAUACAUGCUGCGAAGCGGGCUUCGCGGUCUACGAAACGAUGCAGCGACACUGUGGCGACAGCGCGAUCAGGAAACCCAGCCCCCGAAAGUCAUGUUCGAGUCAGACGAGACGGGCGAGCGACUGCUGAUCGACGACGACGACGUCGACACUGCCAUUGGCGAUGACGACGACGGGCCGGAGAAGCUGAGCUUUCGGGCUACGUCGAGGAUGAGCCUCGAGUUCUGCAUGCUCUGGUUUCUCGCAAACUACUUUGCGUCCGCCUGUCUGGGGUUCACGAGCGUGGCCAGCGUCACCAUCCUCACCUCGACGAGCAGCAUCUGGACGCUCAUCUUUUGCGCCCUGUUCCGCAUCGAGGCGUUCAGCAUGCGCAAGUUUAUUGGCGUCAUGGCCUCCCUGACCGGCGUCGUGCUCAUCUCGACGGUUGACCUGACGGGGGCGGGCGACGGCGAUCGGGGGUCCUUUCCCGACAAGACGACGGGACAGGUGGCCAUUGGCGACGCCAUGGCCUUUCUUAGCUCGGUCGUGUACGGCGUCUACGUGACCGUGAUGAAGCGGCGCGUGGGCAACGAGGACCGGGUCGAUAUGAACCUCUUCUUCGGCAUGGUGGGCGUCUUCAACUUGAUCUUUCUGUGGCCCUUGUUUUUCCUCCUGCACUGGACCAACAUUGAACCGUUCGAGAUGCCACCGACGGCACGGAUAUGGACCAUUGUCGUCGUCAAUUCCUGCGCGUCGUGGGUCAGCGACAUGGCAUGGGCGUACGCGAUGCUCCUCACGACGCCGCUGGUGGUGACCGUCGGCCUGUCGCUGACCAUUCCGCUGUCCUUGAUCGGGGAGAUGAUCCAGUAUGGCAUGUACUCGAGCUUCGUCUACUGGGUGGGCGCGGCAAUCGUCUUGUCGUCCUUUGUAUUCGUCAAUCGCGAGAGUCGGGAGGAUGAGGAUGACGUCGUGGGCCAGUGA